GCCAGGCCCCUGUCCAACGGCGUGCAUUUCCACAAUUUCCCGGCAUCGCUAAGGUUCUGCGAUGCGCCUAAACCUUGUUGGGCCUGGUGGAUUUCUUGUAGAGUCUCUUUAUUACUCGAUCAUAAUUCCCUUUUUACUCGAUCAAAACUUCUGACUGGCACUGUGUUCAUGGUAAAUGUCUCUCAAAAGUCUGACCAGACUUCAGCCACGUCGCCGUAUGCAUUGAUGUCCGCAGCAAGGGUGUCUGCGGCGUUUGAUGCAAUUUGCCGGGCGUCCAUUGGAGUUGAUUGUCGUGCCCUUCUAUGACGACGAGGUCGAUCCCGUCGGUACAGGGAUGAAGUCAGGGUCCAACUCCGCAUCAUCGAUGAACACAACAAAACAGCAACUCAAGGAAAAGGUCGCACGACUGCGACUCGGACGCGGUAUGGGGUUGAGAAGCGUUUCGAGAUGACCUUCUUCCGUUGUGAACCGCGACGGGUUAGUAACGUGGAGCUCGUGCAGUGAGGGCUCAGCGGAGCUGCCACGGCUCGAACGGGGAUGGCCGCCCUGAGACAUGGUAGUUAGUACGUUGUAGUCCAGACAGACUCAACUCAUCAAUGUCGACAUGCCUUGCGACCUGCCGCUUCCUGCACUCGAGAAACAGUCAAGUCACUUGGGCGACGAGCGGUGCAACAGUGGUUCAAGAGCUGGAUUGUCCAAGAUUACCGGUACGGACUCUUCCAGGUCGUGUGCCUUUGCGGUGAGGCGUGGAAGUUCAUCAUAGGCCAAGGGAAGGGAAACCUGCUCGCACCUCACCCCCAACCGGGCGACGGGUGAUGCCGCCAUUUGCUCAGCCGGGUCGCGCGUGAGUCAGGGUGAGCCAGGGAGUGCCGUCACCCGUGUCUCACCCUCCGUAGGGGCGGGCGACGCCUCGCUCUUAGGCGCUAGGGGCUCGACGAUCGGCUCGGGGCUCACCCAGGAGGAGAAGAGCGUGGCCUCUGCGGUUCGCCCUUCGAAUGCACGCUCGUGAACACUAGUCAAACGAGACGAGUUCAAAAGCGGCGCUGCCUAGUUCCACGCAGGGAGGCUGCCAUUUUGACUAGAAAGACCUUCGACCGUCUCGGCCUCGACCACUUAUUCACUAUAUCGAGUCGACUCGCCCUGCUAUGAAGGAGACAGAGGUGUUGACAAAGACUCCCUCUCGCUACUUUCGCGAGUUUCCUUCUCUUCCACCCAGAUUCCUUGACGCUGCCGCCCGUCCCCUCGCAGGUCCCACUCGACCGCUCCAACUGCGCGACCGCCUGAAGCGGACGACUCCCUUGCUUUCUGCGACCCCCCCUCCCUCCUGUUCGAAUGACCACCUUCAACGGAUCCUGUCGGCCCUUUACCUUCCGCAGAGAAUGCUGGCCUCCCUGAUCGUUCACACAGGCUCACAGCCACCUCCCGCUCGUGCCGAGGCUCUCGCCUUAUGCUCCAAACCGAGCACCAGCCUCUUUUGUGUGCAAGUAGAGUAGCGCUCUAGCCGCCUGCCUCCGUCCGGCUGCGUCGCGGGGAUAUGGUUCUGAGUGAGAAGAUUCCUAGUGCUGUGGUGGUCGUCGCCCGUUUCUACUUGGCGGCGACUCCGGCUAUUGCCUGGAUAGGACUACACGUCGGACCCUCCGACACAGCUUGACACUACACAUGUCGCUGUGAGAGAAAAAUCUGGCGAUCGACUAAUGGUGGAAACAUCUCACGCAUCGGAACAGGCAACUGAGACACUGGGCUGGCAACGACCUGCCAACUUUGCAGAACGGACCUGAGCAAGCGCCAGUCUUAAUUGGCGGCUGAAUCGUGGCCAAGUAUUAAGUCUGCCUGACGGCGAGUGGGCUUGGUGCUGAGUCAAGGGAGAAUGUAGGGUGGUCGUACGCGCGGUUCUUCACACCCGAUCUAUCGAACAGAGGCGGGAUGCGUGCACCGAGGAAGGGCGAGAGAGCACAGGCUGUGGGACGCGCGCCUCGGCCGCAGUAAUAGGUACUUCUCUACAGCGAUGUGGUCGAAAAUUGGAAUCAUAUCCAGACUGUGCACCGUGGACUUGAUCAGCUCGACUCGACGGGCAGGAAUCGGCACCUGGAGACACGAGACUCAGACUCGACUGGGCGCUCGACGUGAUUGUCACCCUUCUUGGGCCAGAGCGUGAGGAAGGGAGCAGCAAGGGGAGUAAAUGGGAAACGAGCGCCGGGCUUCGAAAUUGAGGAAAUUGAUGGCGACGUACAACAAUUGUGCGAUUGGGGCUCGAAUGGAUCCACCUGCGGACUCUGGUCUCCCACUCUGUCGUCAAUCCCUAUCUGCUCCUGGAGGCCUCCCCUCAGAACCGCAAGAAAGGGGCAAUCACGGUUCAUUCUGGCUUCCCACACGAUUUUCCCUGCUCAUGCUAGCAUAUCUGCGAGGCUCGCGAUACCUUUGACCAUGACUAUUUAACCAUCUUGAGCCUGCGAGAAUGCCGAAAUCAUGAAGUGAUUGGGACGACAUCUCCCAGGACUCUGGCGCGGUCUACGACGCUGAUACACCCCUCGACCUCGUUGGUAACUCUUCUGUCUUGAGCUCUUUCCCCUCCUUCCGCAGGUCCAGGAGUGGCGCCUCUGGGGGAAGAAAUCCCUGGUCACAAGAGUCUAAGGGACACCCUCUCGCCUCGGCGACUGAUCCACAAUUUCCCCGUACAGUGCAGCGAAGACCUCUUUCGUGACGACCACCCUGCGCUACGAACUCCAGACAGAUGAAGAACAUUCAUUGCAGCGAUGAGAGAAACAGUCCUAGCCUCAGCUUCUGGGACGCAUUGUGUGCUUCACUCGUGCUCUCCUUUUCGUUCGAUUUUACCCCGUUCAACCUCUUUUGGGUCUUUCCGACACCCUCUCGCUCGAAUGACAACCUGGUUGGCGAAGCUAUACACCCUGCCUUCGAUCUCUACUUCGCUGCCCGGGGGAAGGGCCGUGGGUACGCCUUGAGAACGAGGAGAAGCAUAUUGCCACGCCAUAUUCUCAACACCGGUCUAGUUCGCACCCAAUCAGGGCGCCGAUUUCGAACAGUCUUCGCAAAGGCAGACUCCAGGUGGUAUUGCCAUUUUGUACUUUAGAGUCAAGGUAAUCGCCACAUCUUGUGGCCCAAUUUGACUGCGAGAUUACCUUCCCAAGUCGCAUCUGAAACAGAUGCGAUCAAAUCUGAUUACGGCCGCCUUUCAAACGAUCAGCUCACGGAUACGAUAACCAGUACAUGCGACCCUAGAAUCCCCUCUCGUCUGAAGCAAACCAAUGUCGACUCUUCUCGACCUAAACCGAGGCUCCCCAUCUAUGGAAGGAGAGCCUAAGGCCACGCCUCAGACCCUGAAGCAACACCAAACAAAGCCCCUGACAAUCAUCAAGGAGAAGAGGUCCAACGAGAACCACGAUACCAGCAAAACGAGGUCAUCAAGCAACUGCAAAAUCGGUCCAAGAAGACCAAGUGGGCAUGAGUUUCCCGUCCGUGGUCCCCAGUUGAGGGUCUAGUGCAUAGCGGGAUGAAGUUAGUCCUCAAGACCAGUCACCAGAAAGUGGUUCGGGACUCUAGAGAAAGGAUCCAAAUUCUCAGCUGGUCGUGUGUCCGUCACAUUGGAGAUACCCAGCAGCCGCAAUUCCCAUCCUUUCAUUCCCAGCUUUAAAGGCGACAAUGUUAAGCAUUGCGGCUGCUUACCGAUCCAACCACUGCCUCAUCUCUUCCCGAUGACGCCGAGAUGUACCGGUUGAGACUUCGGUCCCACCGAUCAAGGAGAUCGGGGCACUCGGCAAAAACAUGGCUUAUCUGUUCUUUCCAAACACCCAUUUCAUAAUCGACCGACCCAUACGCCUCCAGCUUAUCACACAUAGCCACGAAUUGGCUCGAGAUUGCAGAUGGUGGCUGUUGAAAGCAUGUCUGCUGGUAGCCUUCCGGCUUUCAAGGCCAUUUGGACGGUUUCUUUCUGUCAUUGUCGAAGCGCUUCCCAGCACAGCUUGAAGUUUCGCCAGAAUUCAAGAUACCCCUCAUACUUCGUUUCAUCGUCGUGGUGCAGACUCAAAGAGCGUUCUCGUUAAUUCUGUAUCGCAUCCCACGUCAACCAGACUCACCUACACUGUCGCAGAAUCGACCAACCAUUGAGAUAUCACAAGAAGCCUGUUGCUGGCUAGUCUCGAUCGGUUGCACUCAAGCUCACCAACCACAAGCUCGAGACACCGUUGAUAGUCGGGAAGACUGCUGCCCAAAGAUCCUGCUGCAAGAGCGAAGGUCCGGGAGUGGAUGGCAGCAGCCGAAGGAACGUUUAUGAUCCAUGGGCCUGCUAUUCUUUAUGCACGAUGGCGUAUUCCCGAGGUUGCUAGAAAAUACCUACCGGAGAUGGAGAAAGGGCUCGCACCAAAUGUACAGAGCGAUCUGGACUGGCUUGAGACAGAACCGUCAGAUGGUAGGGAGUAUCUUGUCGGAAAGGAUGUGACGGCCGCCGACAUCCUCAUGGGGUUCAAUAUCGAGUCCAUUCUGGCGAGGAAAUUGGGCAUUGAAGGGAAAGACUGGCCGCAUACCAGGAGGUGGCUGCAACGAAUCCAACAAAGGGACGCGUACCAAAAGUGCGGUAGAGAAGACAGAUUACACUCUCUAGCACGGGUUGUAGUGCUCAAUCACGGUCUCAGUGAAAAUUGUGGUAGUGUUCUCUGACUCUUUGUUUUUUAUUACCAACAGGACUGAUGAGUGGUCACUAAGAGUUCAACAGUCUGCCUUCAGGGAACAUCCUGAUUCAUUUUGGGGGCCAAGUCCAGGUCAAGACUGGAUACUCGAUAGGAAAUCAAGAGAGUCCACAGCAAGCCCUGCACCAGGCUGCAUAAAGUCCUGCCCAAAAGGGGCAAUCUGUGGAUUGAAUGGUUGCGCUAGCCAGUCUUCCGUACUCUCAUCCUCUCCAAAAUUGAACUCACUUGACAGAUCAAUGGUGCCGGCCGGUAGCUGUCCCGUGGAAAGCCCGUCGCCGGCCCUCUGUGGCCCAUGCAACUGCUCGUCGUGUGCAUGCGUUGAAGCAGUGGCGUAUGAUGGCCGGUGUUGUGAUGCCGGUGGUUGAUCCAGGUGCGGUUGAAAUUGGUCUUGUUGUUGUUGAUGCUGAUCCACAAGACCGUACUGUGAGACCCUAGGCUGCGCUCCCCUGCUUCUGUUGUUGCCGGCCGAAAAAGGCGAUGAUGCUCGACUCCGAUAGGGAGAGGCCAUUGCAGCAUGCACAAAGGCCCUUUUCUUGACUCGGAAAUUCCGCUUGAAGCGCUGGACGUGCCGGGCAAUCGGCUUUGCGUAGCGUGUGGAUAAGUGAAUAUCAUCGGCGUAAUUCGUCUGCAAGGCCGCAAUGCACCGGUCGAGAGUUUUGAGAGAUGCAACGAUCUCGGCCUCCCGUGAUCCCAGGCUGAUGGAUUUUAACAGGAAGACCGAUGCGCUCACGAUUCUUAGGUAGAGCCG